AUGCCGGGCGAUAUUCCCUUGAACAAGGAUUCAAGCAUCCUCAUAAUCGGAGCUGGUACUUUCGGCAUUAGCACCGCCUACCACCUCGCAAAGCGUGGUUAUUCGAACAUUACCUGCGUCGACCGCCAGCCAUACCCCAGCGUGGACUCUGCUGGCUACGACCUGAACAAGAUUGUACGAACUGAGUAUGACGAACCUCUGUAUGUAGACCUGGCUUUGGAGGCACUUGAUGCUUGGAGACGACCAGAAUGGGAGGGAAUUUUCCAUGAAACAGGCCGCAUGAGUACAACGGCUGGAAACGAGCAAGCAGAGAAACACUUGCGGGACUCCUACGAAAACUUAACCAAAGCCGGUCAAGCCAAUGGCCUUGAGUUUGUGCAAGGCAGAGACCAAAUCACACGGCAGGUUCCUCAACUGCAAAACUCACUCCACUUGGAUAAUUGGAAAGGUCUCUACAACCGCCAAGGAGGCUGGGUUCAUGCCAGGAAAGCACUCGAGAAGUGGGCAGCCAAGGCUCAGCAACUUGGGGUGAAAUUCAUAUCUGGCCCUCAAGGAACGAUGACCGGUCUCAGUAUUAAUGCGCAAGGAUCCUUUACCGGCAUCAAAGUUGCUUCAGGUGACGUUAUCAGAGCAGAUCAAUACGUUUUGAGCACCGGCGCAGCGUCCCCAGAGGUGCUUCCAGAGCUGAGCGAGCAACUCUGGUCAAAGUGCUGGACACUGGCGCACAUUGAACUGACUGAGGAGGAAGUCGCUGAGUGGAAGGGCAUACCCGUAAUUGACCACUUCGAAUUAGGCUUCACGUUUGAGCCAGAUCCAGAGACAAGACGAAUGAAGAUCUGUGAUAAUAAUCCAGGAUACCAAUAUCGCAUGGGCACGUAUACAGAUGACUCGGGGAAACAGACACACUACUCUAUUCCAAGAUAUGCUAGUGCCCACCCUGAAGAUGGUAUCCCUGCAGAGGCAGCCGCCGCAAUUAAUCGAUUCAUUGAUGUCGUUAUGCCGCAGUUCUCUGGACGGCCGCUUUUGGAUGCGAGAGUUUGCUGGUGCACUGAUACGCCUGACGGACACUGGUUGAUUGACAGACAUCCGGUGUACAACUCAUUGCUCCUCGCAACGGGAGACUCUGGUCAUGCGUUCAAGAUGUUCCCGAUAAUUGGGGACUACAUCGCCGAUGCAUUGGAGGGGAGACCUAGGGGGUUGAAGAAAGAGUGGCGUUAUGGGAGUAGGAAGCAGAAGUCCGUUUCAACACGGCCUGACACUGAGAUUAAAGAUUUGAGGGAUGUUCUCUAA